GCAUCACCAACCGUGUUCUGGCGGCCGCCUUCAAAGCAGCUUUUCAAACAGCCAGAACCUGCAGACUAGGAUUUGUAGCUUUGUACUAAAUCUUUGUAGGAACAGAUGCGCGUUCCACGUUGCUUCACUCCAGCCUGUGGUCCUGUGUCAGUGGUAUCAGUAGUACUAGUACUAGUCUAGAGUUGAACCGAGCGUAGAUCAUCCACGGCCACACAGCCUGUGCGGGACACUGCAUUGAUUUGGUACAUCUGCAUCUCCAGGUUCUCUCCCAAGCCUGUCCAAGGAGGAACGACCGCAGACUGUCACACUCCUGUUGUGUUGGUGCACUGAUGUAAUGACUGCGGACCGCGGCAUCAUGGUAUCUGUGCAUUAUGCGUGCCUCAUCCCAAGCAGAACGUCACAGUUUUACAUCGACCAGGGCCAGGCUUCAGCUUAUCCCGUUUAGACUGCAUUCAAUCUCUCUGUCUGAGCAGAUCCCCUACCGCGCAGGCUAGGCUUGGUCAUUCUGAUAUGAAGGUUUUGCCUUUUUGACUUUCGUGCUGCUGACUGAAAAUUCGCAUAAUUAUCAUGGGAGUGCCCUCGCUGGUCUAACUGUGCGUGUACGUCUGCUGAUGUUGGAGACCUACUCUAAAGCUACUAGUAUGCUCAAACAGAUGAAAUGAGGUGCGAGGAUCGGGUUGUCUUUACAAGAAUCAUGAAGUCUCCUGGCUAUGACCACUGCGAGUACAAGUAGCGGAACUACUUGUUUAUUGAGCUCAGCUGGGCUCGCUGCUAGUAAACACUGCCCUGGAACAUCGUUAGAUCAGGGGGAUGUCGGAGAGCGAUACGCCUUCGGGCGUGCUUGUAGUGGCGCUCGCUGAAGAAACGCUGAAAGCUGCACAGGUCCAGCACGAACUCAUCCUGAGUCAGAACGAGACCAUCGCACAACUUCGUAGAGAUAUUGACACGCUCACCCAGGAGAACACCGUUCUUCGUCGCUUCCUCAAGACUAAAUCAGGAUCUGACCCUGAGCUGACUGCCUUCCUUGGGGCCAAUGGUCGUCCUCGUUCUAGCGAUAGUUCGAGCAAGAAGCGAAACAGGACUGUCUGCAAAGCUCCGGUCUCCGCUCCUCAGUGGCCCGAUGCAUACCGCCCUGCCUCCAGUCAGUCCAUCGGCCUAUCCAGUGACGUACUGAGAACUCCGACUGCCAGUACGAGUGGUCAUGAUACCAACGGUGGCGUUGGUAAUGGGGGUUAUGAGCAACGGCGACAGUCACUGGAUGAUGAGCAAGACAUGCUAACACCGAGGUCUUCAGGCCACGACGCUGCAAUUAAUGCCUUCUCCUGUUCUUCGUCGUCCUCUGGCGGUACUCUCGGCGACAUGGCGGAGGAAGGUGCUCCACGCAAGGCGGGCACUAAGCGGAGGACUAGUAGAUCGUUUGAUGACCACGCCUUGGUCCAGCGAGCGUCGCCGAAACAUGUUUCGCAAAAGCCCCAGCCGUCCUCGGCCACUGGUGGCAAUGGAGCUUCAGCGCGUCGCCUGUUGCACGGCUCAGCUGCACCUCUGUACGCACCAAGCGUCGAACGUACCUUGCUCGGCCUGUCGUUUGAGCUGGAAGUGCGCGUCCAGGAGCAGAUCAUACAUGACAUAUGUCGCUACUUCAAUCACAACGUUCCACGCUGCCAGCGUGCAGCGAGGACUAUUCAGAAGUACUACAGGACCUAUUGCCUGGCAAAGCGCGUGCACAUUCUACGUAGCGCUCGCCGUUCAGGUACGUUUCGCCGCUCAUCCGAUACGGAGGCUGCCACUAUUAUUCCCAAUCUGAAACACCUUCAAUCACUGCAUCAAGCAGCUAUCAAAACGUCCCCUCCUGUAGUUCCUCAGCUGAUUACCGAGGAAGACGACGAGUCACUCACAUCCGAACACGUGACACAGUGUUUUGAUUUUGACGAGGAAACGCUCAGUCGAGAGACUGACUCACCCCCGCCCGGGUACACUGCGGAUUUCUCCAGCAUGUCGUCCAGCGUCUCUUCCAGUGUAUCCUCUUCCCUGGGUUACGACUCCCCGUUGUGUCCUGGAGCUGAUGCUCAUGACCCUGGACAGUACCUCGGCGUCAGAGAUGCCAAGUGUCGCGUUGACGCUCCGACAACCGCUGCUCCACCAGCCUACCUCCCGCCAGCUGGUCUGAUGGGCUCGCCGGCACUGCCAAAUGGCACGUCAUCCAACUAUGACCUUCAGCGUCGAGCCAACGAUCCUUCGCCACUGGUGGCACGGCCUCCUGGCAGUGAGCAGACCCGGCAGAAUUUAAUUGAACCACCGCCACCAAGGGAUCGAAGGAACAGUGUGUACUACGAAGUUCGCCCUCCAGCAACUCCAACAGCGCCGGGGCAGGAAAGCGGAGAAACGAAGGCACGCAAGCAGCGGAGGCUACGCAUUGGUAUUACACACUUCAACCGAAAACCGCCGAAGGGCAUAUCCUAUCUCACUUCCAAGCGCCUGCUCUCACCUGAGCCACGCGACAUAGCUCUGUUCUUGAAGCGGCAGGGCGGUCUGAGUCGUAAGAUGGUCGGCGAGUACCUUGGCACUCUUCAGAAUCCGCUUUGCCAGUCGGUGUUACGUGAGUUUGUCAGUUCGUUCAAGUUUGAGGGUUUUACAUUCGUGCAGGCGUUGCGCAAGUUCCUAGGUACUUUUCAGAUUCCCGGUGAAGCGCAGAAAAUCGAGAAGAUACUGGAGCUGUUUGCUGAUAGGUAUGCGUCGUGCAACUCUGUGGAAACGUCGGUCAACCCUGACACAUGCUUCAUCCUUGCCUUCUCCACCAUCAUGCUGAACACGGACUUACACAACGCCAGCGUCAAAAAGCACAUGACCAAGGAUGAGUUUAUCCGUAACAACCGCGGCAUCGACGAUGGGAAGGACCUGCCAACAGACUUCCUGUCAGCCAUUUAUGAUGAUAUUUCAGAGAGGGAGUUUGCUACGCCGAAGGAUCAUGUGCUCCAAGUGCUUAGCCUUCAAAAGAGCAUCGUUGGCCAUUGCCCGUUGCUUGCGUUACCGCAUCGUCAGCUUGUUCACGUUGUACGGCUCUACGAGGUGUUGGACCGUGACCGCAAGCAGCCGCCAAACGCGCACUCCCGCUUCCUCUUCCUCUUCAACGACAUGCUCCUGGUGGCAAAGUACGCGCCGAAGAAGAGCCUGAACACAACCUAUCUGUACAAGACAUGCUAUCAAUUGAUUGAUAUCAAGGCUGAAGAGUUCUCCAACUCUUACUAUAAGUUUGGCAUCGCCCUGAAGACAGUGUUUGACGAGAAGGUUGUGGCCUGCUUCAACGGCGAGAAGGAGUCCAUGACUCGCAAGUUUUCCUGUGACCUGAAAGAAGUGCUGCUGGAGAUCAAUGAGAUGGAGCAGGAGCGACUGCUGGACAUUGACGAACUGGCUCAGCGUGGCGGCCCGAGCAAGGGCAACAUGUCCCCGGACGUCACUCGCCGGCGUGUCAGUGCGCCGAAAUGGCAGAAGAACGGCAGGGCUGGAGCGGUGGCGGAGAGUCCCGACGGUGGCAAGGGUGAUGUGCUGCGUGCCCGAUCUCAAACCUUGCCGCCCGGCCAGAAGUCCAAGAGUCCGUUCUCAUCCCCCUCGCCCGACUCCGGUGAAGGUGCGCAUGAAGCCAGUCGCGGCACAAACAUCUUCGGCUCUCUGAAAGGCCGCUCCAAGAAGAAGAAGAUAUCCGUACAGAACAUGCCCUUCGGUAACAGUGGUAGCUAGGCACAUUCGGUCUGAAAGAAUCAAUUGACAUGUAAGAUUUGCCCUGUAGCGAUGUAACGAGUAGCCGCCAGCAGUAACCAGUCCGUCAAAAAUGAACUUUUCUGUAGUUGUGUACUACCAGUAACAUAUACAGUACACACAAUGACUUGAUUUCUGUUGGAUUAGGGUAAAAGCAGUUGUUCAAAGUUUGCAUAAUGACGUAGAAUAUUGUUUUAAGUAAGCCCGUCUUUUUUUAAUUUUUUUGUCAAACAAAUCCAAAUAAACAUGCAUGUGCCUACCGAGUAAUGUCGGUAUCGCUACUCCGCAGCUUGCUUCCCACGUAAAAUGAAUCGUGCUUAUUCUUUCGAGUUAACUGACGCAAUGUGUAAUCGUAAUGCCCAUGAAAUCCAAGACAUCCCGCAGUUCUUCUCGUGAAUGCUUGCCUCAAUAUUUUACUUGAUAUCGACCUCAAGCCGCAGGCAAGAUGCUGGCGCAUGUUGCACUGUUCCUUUCGGCAAUCACUAUGAUCGGACACGGUCCUGUAAUACUUGUCUAGAGUUCGGCUGUAAACAGUGGACAAUAUAUAUUUGUGAGAAAUCAUUCCUGUUUCUUUCACCAUAAUUUUGCCCAUGUACCCUCUAACCUUGACCUCAGCUACUUACUACCGGUAUGCCAGCAGAAUCUGAUAAAUGGUUGUAUUCUACUACCAUACAAAAUGCAAAUAUUCAUCAUAACAUUACUACAUGUAGUAAACCAUAA